AUGAUUGGAACGGCGCAGAACAGUGAUGGACCAGUCAAUUUCGAAUGUUCUAUACUGAAGGGUGCUGAAUGUUGCACAGAUCAAGAUUGUGCCGCUGAGGACAACAAUAUAUGUGUCAAUCGGAAUUGUAUUGACAAAGGAUAUCCUCGGUUUACUUUGGAAUGGUAUGGAUACGACGACUACGAUUUGAUUGUGACCACACCUAGCGGCAUUGCUCUUUCCGUUCUAUUAGGUUUUGAUCCGACUACUGGGGGUCGAGUUGGUGAAGUUGUGGACCAAGAAGGCUUAGGAUUUCACACUGAGAACACAUACUUUCCUUCUCCAGGAGCUCCAAUCGGUACAUAUACCUACGCUGUCGCUGAAUUUUCCACACAGGAACGAGUCAAUGGGUGGACACUGACGGUAUACGAUGAACAGGGCGAGGUUUCCAGGCACAAGGGAGCAGGAGGUUCCGAAACCUUUCGCUAUGAGCGAUUGAAUCCAUCAUCGUCCUCGCCGCUACCACCGUCUCCAGUGACACCGCCUAUAUCAUUGCCAUGCAACGCGGCGGUUGACGAGUGUUGCAUUGAUUCUGACUGUUCGGACCCUGAUAAUGCAUGUGUGAAUCGAAAUUGCGUUGUGAAUGGAGGGCUUAGGUUUACACUUUAUUGGGAAGGAGAUGACGAUUACGACUUAAUUGUGAGAACACCCAGCGGUAUUUCACUUUCCUUCGUUAUUGAAUUUGAUCCGACCACUGGAGGUCGAGUGGGAGAACCAACAGAUCAGCUUGGUUCAGGAUAUCAUGUAGAGAAUACAUAUUUUCCAGAAUGGGCAGCUGGUGCGGGAGUUUUCACAUUCUCAGUCCGCCCAAUGUCCACAGAGGGUGAAGCUGAUAGGUGGGCCUUGGAAGUCGUCAAUGAUCAAGAAACUGUCUUCUUCCAGACUGGAGUUGGUGCUUCCCGUGAUUUCCAGUUCAGCAAGCCCUCGUCGCCUCCAGUUAUGCAGCCCACCAAUCGACCAAAUAGCCUGCCUACUUCCCGACCCUUGCCUACUCCAGCACCAGUUCAGAGACCGACUGGCAGUGUCUGUUCCAUUCUGACAGAUGAAUGCUGUUCGGAUUUUGAUUGCCCAACCGCCAGAGAUUUUUGCGUUCGAGCAUAUUGUAUUCGAGAUGGCAGUCCGCGAUUCACUCUGACUUGGGACGGAGACGACGAUCUUGACCUUAUUGUGGACACACCACUGGGUACAACUCUGUCGCGAUCUCUGAUUUUCGAUCCACUCUCCGGUGGCAUCUUUGAGGCAGAUAACAAUCAAGAGGAACUUGGAUCCCACUUUGAGAAUGUUUACUUUCCCCUUGCUGGAUCUCCAUUCGGGGAGUACUCGCUCCAAGUUCGUUCGUUUCGAAGGAAUGGUUCGGAUGACUCUUGGACGUUGCAAAUUUACAGUGACGGAAACCUGAUAGAUACAAAAUCUGGUGCUGGAGAGUCGGAUACUAUUCCUUUUGUUCGUGCUGGUUCUGAUGAGCCCGAGCGGCCACCCUAUGAUGGAAGCAGAUGCACCCCACUGACGGAUGAAUGCUGUUUCGAAUCGGAUUGUGAUGGGGGCCAAGUCUGUGUAAACCGAGUAUGCCUUGAACGAGGAUAUCCAAGAAUUACCUUAACUUGGACUGGCGACGAUGACCUGGCGUUGGUCGUCACCAUCCCAAAUGGACAAGUUUUGUCCGCUGGGAUUAAUUACGAUGCUGCGACUGGUGCAAGACGUCAGAAGAAUGCGAACCGACAAGACUAUGAUUUGAAUGUUGACAGCAUCUACUUUCCGUAUCUAAGCGGGACUAUCAAGUAUUCCGUGGACUCACUGCUCAAGCGAGGUUCUAGUCGAGACCCUUGGACUUUAGCGGUCUAUGAAAAGGAUACCAAAGUCCAAGAGUUCACUGGGUUUGGAGAGUCGAAAAACUUUUUCUAUGUACCACCGGCAGCAGUACCUGAUCCUUCGCCCAGCUCGGCUCCGAAUCCGUUCCGACCGCCGACGCCUUCCAUAGUCCCAUCGCCUACGGACGUCGGACAAUGUCCUUUUGAAUGUUGUGCGUCCUAUGACUGUUUGGCAGAUCAAGUUUGCCUUCAGAGAAGGUGUCUUCGGGAAGGUACCCUACGCUUCACCUUGUCAUGGACAGGAAAUGACAACGUGGAUCUAUUGGUCCUAACCCCAGAUGGAACCGAGCUGUCAAAUGCAAAUCCGUCCGACGAUUCAUCCGGUGGGUCCUUUGAAGUCGAUAUAAUUGCCGACGAGGACUUUGGCUUCCACGCUGAAAAUGCCGUAUUCAGGGGUUCCAACAUACCUUUGGGAACAUAUUCAUAUUCUGUCAAUGCUGUGAAUACUCGGGGCGCUAGAGACGAAUGGGAGGUGCAAGUCUUUGCUUACUCGCAACUUGUUGGCUGGCAAAGGGGGCAGGGACAGUCGAGGACCUUUGCUUAUACCUUUGACGGAGACGGCAGUUUCGCCCCCACCAAUGCGCCAUUUCCAUUUCCCAGUAGUCUUCCGUCGGCGUCACCCUCGCAACAUCCAACCAACACUUUCAAACCUACGCGGCUCACAGAGAUCCCGUCGCAGGUUCCUUCUGGAGAACCUCCACCCUGUGACGAAAGUGUCUACGAGUGUUGUGCAAACUCCAGCUGUGGGACUGGUGAAGUCUGCCUCCAACGGCAGUGUCUCAGAGAUGGUACUCCAAGGUUCACAUUGACAUGGACAGGAAACGAUGAUAUUGAUCUGGCAGUCAUUACACCUGGUGGUUCGGUAGUUUCAGCGUUUCAAAAUGAUCCAGAUUCUGGUGGAAUCUUUGAACCAAACGGCGAUCAAUUUGGAUUUGACUUUCAUGUGGAAAACAUUCGAUUCAGCGGCAGCACGUUUGGAACCUACGAGUGGUAUGUUGACUCGUUUCUGGAGACUGGAGAGAGCGAUACAUGGACACUUUCCAUCACUGUUGAAGGAGAGGAAGUUGACUCGAUUGAGGCAACUGGGUCAACUUCAGGAAACUAUGAGUACAUUGAGCCCGACAAUUUGUGA